UCAUUAUAUGAACAGUACAGUAUCUUGAAACUACUUUUUAAAAUGGAGGACAAGCAACAGCGCAAUUUGCGCCACUACCACCACCAGGCACGGUUACUCUUGACCGAACGAGAGCGUGAUCUCCUGCAUGACAUGCUGAAGGAGUACCAGAAGUACCACAAUGCUCGGCAGUUCGUCUCCGAUCUCCGCAGCAUCCUCAACACGCCAGCCAAGAUGGACCUACUCCGAGAGAUCAGGAACCUGGUGCCUCCCACGUACCUGCAGGAGUUUGACACCUUGGCUCCGUACGAUCGCAUGGCCCAUCCGAUGGUCAUGCAUCUGAUGCAGGAUGCCCCUGUCUUUAAGAGGUCUCCUAGCUGGCAUGGGAGAGCGUAUGAAAGGACUUGUGAUACGCAGAGUGAAGACUUGGAUAUGAAUCACUAUGUAUCAACGGAACCCAGAGUUCUAAACAUCACCAACAAGAAUGAGGACCUGGGCUUCACUAUCAAGGGAGGCUCAGAACAGGGUACUCCGGUCUCUGUGAGCAGGGUGGAGAAAGGAUCAGAAGCAGAGAAAAAUGGACUGGCAGUUGGGGAUGAGAUCUUAGAAGUGAACAACAUUAAUUUUGAGGAGAUAGCCAUCAGCAGUGCUAUCCGAGUGUUACAGGGGUCUAAGAGGCUUCGAAUGACAGUCCAGCACAACCCUGCACUAGCUCAACAUUCACAAAGAAGACAAUCAAAAGAGAAAACAAAAUGGUUUGAUACAUACUCUCGAUCAAGAGGCCCACCGGCAGGCCUCAAUACAUCUCCUCCUUCCUUGAACAGAGAGAGGAAAGUCAUCAUUCAGCUGGAUGAAAAGCACAGGUUUAUUGGCUUCAACAUACGAGGGGGCAGCGAGUAUGGUCUGGGAAUAUUUGUUUCCAAGACUGACAGGGGUGGUAUGGCAGAGUACUACAAGAUACAGGUUGGGGAUCAGAUCCUAUCGGUGAACGGGACUAGCUGUGAGAACAUCUCCCAUGCUGCGGCCGUUGACCUCAUCAGGGGUCAGAAGAGACUGGUCCUGAUCGUACGUAGCAUGGGACCAGACAAUCUUAAUCAAAGCCAAAACAAAUCACACAGGCCACAAAGCACCACUCCCUCCAUGAUUAGUGCAGAUCAGCAACAACAGAAAUCACCCCCAUUUCCUAAUGGACCGGUCCCUCCCAUCCCUAAGCAGAACAAGGACUGGCUGACCAGAGCACCGGCUCACGGGGGUGUGCAACGUCUUGAUGUGAAGGACAUGAAAACCAAGCAAUCUCUUGGAGAGAAUGUUCCAGUUAUAAUGUCAGCAAGGCAGAAUAACCAGGGAGGUCCUCAUCUCAGUAACACCACAAUCACGGACCAUCUCCCCAGCCGCCCUCCCUCUGCCCAAUCUCAGCAAUCUACCCAGAGGACACAGCCAUACCCCCAGCCACACCCCCAGGCACACCCCCAGGCACACCCCCAGGCACACCCCCAGGCACACCCCCAGCAGCAGCAGCAGCAGCAGCAUCUCAGACAAUCAACGCCCCGUCCACCCCAGCAGAUGGUAGCGGGCAGGGGAGGGGACAGCGGGGGUAAGGAGAAGAAACGAGGCCUUGGCAGGUCUCUCAGUGUCAAACAUCCAGGAGAGAGGAGACUUCCAGUGAUGGAGCAGAGUCCCAAGUCCAAACAGGUCAAGGUCAAACGAAACAAGACAUUCCGUGCCCUGUUUGGCCUCAAACCAAAGGUCAAAGGUCACGAGAAGGAGGAGCACCAUGGAGGAGGAAACCGGAGGAGCCCUGAGAGGGAGAUCCUUCCUCCUCCCUCACCGAAGAAGGUAAUUGACCAGGAGAUCCUGGCGGAGUCGUUUGAAGAGGAUCUGGCUCGGGUGGAUCCCAUCGGCCAGGAGGCAGGAGCUAAUGAAGAGGAUCUAGGUGUGGUGGGGGUGGAGAAGGAGGGCAAGAGACAUAGAAAAGGGAAGAGUAAGAUGACCGGUAUCAUUGCAAGUUUCCGCAAGACCAGGCCGGAGGGCAUCGUAAAGAAGCGUCACAACAUUGCAUUACCUCCUGAUGAGGAACAAGAAAGACCGCCCUCUGCUGACCGUCCUGGAUCAGCGACCAGCUGGGCUUCAAGGAAAGAUAGUUUAGGGGAAUCACUCAGUAAUAGCUCCCAUGGCAGUCUUGGGAAGCAGAAGGGUGCUUUCAUGGCCGGAGCAGGCACACAGAUAAUGCAUGCCCAUGCAGCCUCGGCUAGUCAGAUGCCCAUACUCUCAGAGGUUAUCAAGAAAACACUCAAUGAAGAUGAGGCUGCUGCUGUUCACAGGCAUAUCAAAAGGUAUCAUACAGAAGGUGAUGUUGAUUCUCUUGUCACUCCGCUGCUGGCAAUCCUGGACAAACCAGAGAAGACGGUUCUCUUACGAGAAGUCAGGGGAGUGAUAGCACCCUUAGACCUGGCUGUCUUUGACUCUAUGGUGUCUAGGAGAGAGCUGGAAGCAAGGAAUUACCUCAACGCCAAAUCAGGUUCUGUAUCACCAAGGCUAUCAUACGACAGAAAGGCUGUCCAUGAUCAGCUUGAUUCAAACCAAGCAGGUCCCUCUAAUAAUAACGAAAGGAAAACAGAUAAGCUGAAGAGACAUCAAAAUGAGUUAGACAGACUGAGAAAACAAAGACAGGAAGAGGUGAGACAGGCCAAGCUCACAGCCACCGGAAGAUCCUUAGACGUUGACCCUUCACCCUACGGACAGAUUGGUUACCCUGCGAACCAGAGUCGACAUGGAAGCUUCGACACCUACUCCCAAGGAGAGAGGAGAGAUCAAGCCCCAUCCUCGUUCUCCACCUUCAAGGGGGGUGUGGCUAGUGGCAGUGGUUCUGGAGGGGGUAGUCCCGCAAGUAGCAUCUCGGAUGGAAGCCUCUCCAAGAAGACGGCCAAGAGGGUCCUCAUCAACGCAGCUCCGCAGAUCAUCAGGACAAACUCCACCGGGGAUGAUGUCUCCCCGCGCAGUGACGAAGUAGACGGUGUCAAGGACAAUGGGUUUGAAGAUCGGUUCGGGAGGGGGAGAAAUGAUCAUGGGUCUGGAUGGGACCCCUAUGAGACAAUACCAAUCGACAGGCUGGGUGAUGAGAAUGGUGAAUCGCCAAAGAUACAGAAUAAUGAGUUUGCGAUGAGGGGACAGGUGGGUCAAGAUCCCGGGGCGAUGAAUAGGGAUGAUUUUGAUCCUCCAUAUGCGACUAUCAAGACUAACCCAUUGACUGGGCAUGCUCAUGAUACUACCGAUGCGAAUGAGAGUGAUCAUGAUAGCGUGGAUUCCGAUUACAGCGUUGGUAAGAAGAAUGGAAUGUACCGCAUCAUGGGCAGCGAUACAGACGAGAACUGGGACGAUCGGGGUUCACCAUCAAGUCCUUCUAAAUCUAUGCCGCACAAGCUGAGCCCCAUCCCUGCUUCCCCGCCCUCUCCCAGAAUCAUCGCCCCCACCCCGCCCUCGUCCCCUCUCGCAGCCAGCCAGAACCUUGACGUUCUCCUCCAAGUCCGGCGAGACCAGGUCUCGACCCCGAACCACCGUGACGGGACCAGCUCCAAUCGCUCCAGCGGAAGUAGCUCUGAUGAUCCUAUCUAUGCCCAGGUCACUAAAGGUGCAGCUAAGACGCCUGCUAACUUCUUGGAUGUGAGGGAUUAUGUGGACAGUGCCUCAGAGUCUGAGAGCGGUGGUAAGAGAGUGAGCUUCAGUGACUUCAAUUGCUCACCAAAACCCCCAAGGAAAGGCAUACUUAAGAACAGCUUCAACCGUGAUGAGCGUCCCUCUGUACCCAUCAGGAAUCCUCAGCUCUACCUGGACGAUGACGACGACGACGAGCCUUCUCCCCUCAAGGAAAUCAUCAAGAGCAGGCGAGGCAAGUCACCCAUCAAGCCUGCAGCUAGGAGAAGGAUCGACGGCUUCCCGGGGAGGGAGAUCUUUGAAUUUGAGCUCUCCAAAUCACAGUCCUCACUAGGACUAAGCUUGACCGGAGGAAAGGACUAUAAGAACCAGCCGUAUGUGAAGGUAGACAGGAUAUACCCAGGAGGUGCUGUGGCAGAUGAUGGCAAUCUUACUUCUGGUUGUGUGUUGGUUGGAGUGGACGGAGUAUCCCUACUGGACGUCAGCCACCAUCAAGCCAUGGAGAUCAUCCGGUCAGCGUAUAAGGAUAAGAGCAAGAAAACCAUGCAGAUUGAGUUCAUGGAUGUCCUUUAACCCUAUACCUGCCUUGGUAGACUAAUGAAGCAGACAAUCGACUGCCACUAUAGACAUUUGUCCUAACUUUAUAUCGGUCACCAUCAGGCAAUGGAGAUCAUACGGUCAGCGUAUGAAAUAAACAAUGGACUGCCACGGUUAACUUUUGUCACACUUAUAUUAUAUAGGUAUCAUUUUACUCAAAACAAUGUUCUUUAAGUCUUUAGCAGCUUCCGUCAACAAAUGAAAUAAACAAUGGACUGCCACGGUUAACUUUUGUCACAUGUACAAUGCAUAUAUUCCAUCUACUUAAAACAUUGUGGCAGUCUUGGUUUUUUUUCCACAGUGAAUAAAGAGUAAAAGAUCCAUCUCCAUCCCCUUAUAUCUUAACAACUUCAUGAAACUUCCAAGAUGCUAAAUUAAGACAAUCAUGUGCGUGAAUUUUUAGAGUGAUUUUAUAAUUUUUUUAAAAACUUUAGAGAAAGACCUGAUCAUUUUUGUUUUUUGUACAGUGAUGCUAAAGUUUCGCAUCAACUUUGUACGUGAAAAUAAAUCAAGUGCUUUCUAAU